UCGCUGGGCAGUGGGGCGCUAGAGCCCUCUCCAGCCUGACUAGACAGCUUUGUCUCAGCUCAGAGGCCAUGAUUCCUUCCCUGCCAGUCUUGGCUCUCGGCCUCCUGUUAACUCUGGCUUUGAGCCAGACAUUACAAUUUCAAGAAUAUGUCUUUCUCCAAUUUCUGGGCUUAGACAAGGUGCCUUCACCCCAGAAGUUCCAACCUGUACCUUAUAUCCUGAAGAAAAUUUUCCAGGAUCGAGAGGCAGCAGCAAUCACUGGGGGCUCCCAAGACUUAUGCUCCGUAAAGGAUCUGGGUGUCCGUGGGAACGUGCUCCGACUUCUCCCUGAUCAAGGUUUCUAUCUUUACUCCAAGAACCUUUCCCAAGCCUCCUCUUGCCUACAGAAGCUCCUCUACUUUAACCUGCCUGCCAUUAAAGACAAGGAGCAGUUAACAAUGGCCCAGCUUGGCCUGGACUUGGGGCCCAACACUUACUAUAACCUGGGGCCGGAACUGGAACUGGCUCUGUUUCUGGUUCAGGAGCCUCGUGUGGGCCACUCCAUCCCUAAGCCAGGUAAACUGUUUGUACUGAAGUCCGUACCAUGGCCUCAAGGUGUCCUUCACUUCAACCUGCUGGAUGUGGCUAAGGAUUGGAAUAAUAACCCCCAGAAGAACUUAGGUUUGUUCCUAGAGAUACUGGUCAAAGGAGACAGAGACUCUGGGGUGAAUUUUCAGCUUGAGGACACCUGUGCCAGACUGAGACAUUCUCUUCAUGCUUCCCUGCUGGUGGUGACCCUCAACUCUGAGCAGUGCCACCCUUCUUCCCGAAAAAGGAGAUCAGCCAUCCCUGCCAAUAAGGCUUCCUGCAAGAACCUCUGCCAUCGUCACCAGCUGUUCAUCAACUUCCGGGACCUGGGUUGGCACAAGUGGAUCAUUGCCCCCAAGGGGUUCAUGGCAAAUUACUGCCAUGGAGAGUGUCCUUUCUCACUGACCACCUCCCUCAACAGCUCCAACUAUGCCUUCAUGCAAGCACUGAUGCAUGCAGUUGACCCAGAGACUCCCCAGGCUGUCUGUAUCCCCACCAAGCUGUCCCCCAUUUCCAUGCUCUAUCAGGACAAUGAUGACAAUGUCAUUCUACGACAUUAUGAAGACAUGGUAGUUGAUGAAUGUGGGUGUGGGUAGGCUGUCAGAAAUCAGAACAGAAGGAGUGUUCUUAGGGUAAAUCUUCUAAUAAAACUACCUAUCUGGUUUGUGA